CUCCCUCUGCUACAUGAAGAGAUGAGUAAAGUUGCAUUCACAUAAUGCGGGUGUAAAUGUGAGGAUCAGUGAGUGAGUCCUGCCAUAGAGGAGUAUGUGCCAUGCAGUCUGCACUACAGGAAUGCUGCUCAGCAAUGGAAGCCUGAGAAGGGACAGGGCACAUCUGGGUGGUGAUGGCAUCAGGCUGGUAAUAAGGUGAAUGUGCAACUGAAUUAUCAUGAGAAGAACACAUUGUCCUAACCAGCAUGCAGUCUAUGAAAUAGUACUGUGGUUAGCAGACAUCAGCUGGGACCCCUCUACAUCAGCAUCUCCAAAAGGAUUGUUUAAGGAUCGAAGUACAUUAAAAUGUGUCUGUGAACUCCAGGAGGACCACCCAUCCAGAGAUUCAUCAGAGUUAUCGGAUAAUAGCACAGUGUUUCUAACCUUUCUACAAAGGAACUUAAAGCAAACUAUAUUUAUAUCUUGUGUAAACCACAAUGGAGCACAUUUAGCUGACUAACUUCUUAAAGGUGUAUGGCCAAAACAGCAACAACGAACAAUUUAACCCAAGGACACUGUUAUAAAAUAAGUGGGAGAUCAGCAGGAACUUCAAUUCCGCCAAAGAAAUGAUGUCCAUUGAAUCCUCCCAACAUCUGUAAUUCAUUUUGCUAAGUGAGAAGAGUCAACAGUAAAAAAAGAAAACAUUGAAAAGUGAGGGUUGCCAUCUUCACAUCAAGAAUAAUUGAUGGGAAUGUAAACACGUUAUUGGCUGAAUUCUACAUUUUACAUGCUCAUCUGUGCCUGGCCGUACAUCGUGGCCAAAAAAUAUAUGCAGAGCUUCUACUUAUAUUAUAAACACGAUUUCUUCUGUCUAACAGUUGAGGACAGAUUUGCUGUAAACAGAUAUCGUUUAUCUUGAUCAUGGUCCUAUUUGAUCAGAAUAACUCAAUCGAGUCCAUCCCUCUCUGUAUAAACUGUACCCAUCAGACAUCGCCCAACAAUAUUUCUAAAUCCAUCAUCACUGGAGUUAUCUUUGGAAUCUUCAUCACUUUUGGAUUACUAGGAAACAUUUUGGUAAUUCUUUCAGUGGCAUGUCAUCGGCAUCUACAGACUGUGACCCAUUAUUUUAUUGUCAACCUGGCUGUUGCAGACCUUCUCUUGAUGUCCAUGGUGCUUCCUUUCUCUGCCACGUUUGAAAUCCAAGGAUAUUGGCUCUUUGGCCGCAUCUUCUGUAAUAUAUGGGCAGCUGUUGAUGUCCUUUGUUGCACAGCUUCAAUUAUGAGCCUAUGUGUCAUAUCUAUAGACCGCUACAUUGGUGUUAGUUACCCACUGAGAUACCCCAGUAUUAUGACUGAAAAGCGAGGUGUUCUUGCCCUCCUUUGUAUAUGGGUUUUGUCCCUUGUAAUCUCAAUUGGACCCCUAUUUGGCUGGAAAGAACCAGCACCAGAAGAUGAAACAAUCUGUGAAAUCACUGAAGAGCCAGGCUACGUUCUUUUCUCAGCUUUUGGAUCCUUCUAUCUUCCCCUCACCAUCAUCCUCAUCAUGUAUUUUAGGGUCUAUGUUGUGGCUAAAAGGGAGGGAAAAGUUCUCAAUUCUGGAAUGAAAUGUGAAAAAUCAGAUUCUGAAGAGGUAACCUUGAGGAUUCAUCGGAAGAGCACUCCAGAUAAAUGCAGUGGAAAUACCAAUUCCAGUGCAAAGCAUAAGACUCACUUCUCAGUGCGCCUUCUCAAAUUUUCUAGGGAAAAGAAAGCAGCAAAGACAUUGGGAAUCGUAGUAGGAUGUUUUGUCCUGUGCUGGUUGCCAUUUUUUUUGGCAAUGCCUAUAGGCUCCCUGUACCCUCCAGCCAAACCAUCCGUAACUAUCUUCAAAAUAACCUUUUGGCUAGGUUAUUUUAACAGCUGUAUCAACCCAGUUAUCUACCCGUGUUCCAGCCGUGAGUUUAGGAAGGCCUUCCAGAACAUUCUGCAUGGCCGCUGCUCCCAUAGGAGACAGGCUUCAAGUAAGUAUUCCUCAGGAUACACCCUGAGCAGUCCUGUCCAUCGCAGUCCGGAAGAGCAAAGAAAUGUGGUGAGAAUCCCAGUUGGUUCUGGAGAGACUUUCUAUAGGAUCACAAAGUCUGAUGGAGUCUGUGAAUGGAAAUACUUUUCUCCAGUACCAAGCCCAUCCUCUCCAUAUGGGCCACCAAAGGACUUCUCGAACUGUUCAACUGCCAGGGUGAGCAGUAAGUCGAUUUUACGGACCUGCUGUUGCAUUGGCACAGAGCAAAUACGCACGUGUCAUAAUAUUCCUACAAUUAAAAUCCAUACAAUCUCCACGGGUGAAAAUGGAGAGCCUGUCUGAGUGUAGGAGGACAAAACUAUUGUAGUAAACUUUAUGACUCGAAGACUUGUGCUGCAUGUGGAAUGGGAGUGACCACGCAUUUCUGUUCAUUAUGAAUGUGCAAGUUCACAGGUUCCUGUCAGCACCAUUUACAUUCCAAUGUACCUGAGCCUCAUUUUAUUCCUCGAUUCAACAACUUUUUUUACUCUCAACAUUUUGAACCUCGUCUCUUGAUGAACAAUGCUGCUAUGACUGCACCUCGGAUAUGGAUGCAUGGAAUACAAACUUGCUUAAAAAGCCUCCAUGGUGCUAUGUAAAUCCAAAAUAAAGUCAUCUGGAAAUGGCGAAUGAAACAAAUUGCCUAAUGUCGUACUAUUUAUGUCCGAUGAGGGUUUAUGCAGAAUCGACAUGUGCUGUGCACUCAGUGCAGGUGGGGAACAUCCAGAUCUAGCUUUGGAUGAAUGAGUUUCCAUCUGCAUUCACUUGCAAUAAACACAACUACAAACAAUAGUGUCAUUGGUUAUUUCAGCCAAAUUUGUGUACUCUCAGCCUCACGCAGUUGUCAUUACGAGUAGCUGAGUUGUUAGAGAGACAAUACAGUUCAUCAUUUAGACUUUUUCUAACUUGUCUUUAUAAAGGAGCACAUAGACAAAUCUAUUUCCAUGAAAACUGUAUUUCCAUAAAGAGCAAAGAAGUUACUAACAUAAUAAACCAUAAGAAAGGUUAUUAAGAUUGAAGAGAAUACAAUUCAAAUUUAAACCAGGUGCAGGUAAAAUAGAAAGAGUUCAUACAUACAGCUGUAUGACAGCUUUGUUUUAUAUUAUCAUAGGUAAAGAAAAAACGGGGUUCUUCCAUACUUAAAAUGACACAAUUGCACAGGACUUUCA